UAUAUAUCAGUAAGUUUACAUCUACAGUCAUAUACAUGUGCAUGUAUCUGCAUUUCUAACAGGUAUAAACUUUCGGUUUCUAUUUGUUUUGCUGAUAAUUUCGAUUAUCCUUUUUUCAUUAUCUGUUAAACAAUUUCAAAUAACAAAACAAGGGAGUUUUAUGUAAAUAUUAUAGACAGUUUAAACGCAAAGAGUUUUCAUUAAAUAUUAUUUAAGAAUUUUGUUUAAAAAAUGUGACCACUAUCAAUAUAUACUGGCAUUAUGCAAGAAUUGAUUUAUUGAACAAGGAACAGUGCUAAAUUUCUACAGGACCAUUUAUUUACCGCGAAUUUAGAUCAAAGGGAGAUGACUACACGCCGGCUGAAGCUUAGAUAUAUACUAUACUGUGCAAUAUGUAUUUUUGUACUAAAAGUUUUGAUACAGGAAGUUUUGAAACCAAAAUAUGCAAUAGAUAAAUGUAUAUCUGGAGAGUAUGCCAAUAGUUUUAUAGAAAUAGUUUCUGAAGAAAAGGGAGAGCGACAUAUAUUACAUUGCCUGCCGCAAAGUCCCAAAAUAAAAUCGCCUUCUCUAUAUGUAAUUAGACUAAAUGAUACUUUAACGGAGCGUUUUCUUCAAAUUCCGAAAGCCAAAAAUUUCACAGAGAAAGUAGUUAUUUUAUCUCCUGUCAGAGACGCUGUAGACUUCUUGGAUCAAUUUGGAUAUCUUCUUUCAACUAUUUCUUAUCCCCAUAAUCUAAUUAGUGUUCAUUUUGGUGAAGAUGGUAGCACUGACGAUACAGUUUUUGUAGCAAAGCGAGUAUGUGAUCGCCUGAUAAAUGAAUUUGGAUUUAGAAAAUGCACAAUUUACACGAUGAAAAUCAAAGGUAAUAAAACUACACGAAAAUCUCGACAUGACGCCAAACAUCAAAUCUCCAGGAGAAGCCAUAUGGGGAAAGCGCGAAACCUUUUAUCUAAUUAUGGUUUAGAGGAAGAGGCUUGGGUUCUGUGGAUUGACAGUGACGUCAUCUCGUUCAGACCAGAUAUUAUACAACAGUUUUUGUAUUCAGACAAAGAUGUUAUGGCGGCGUCAUGCCUGUUUGAACGGAAACUGUUCCUGUCUCGUUUUAUCGACGUCCGAAAUUAUGAUCUUAACACGUUUCGAGAGACAGUAGUAGGAGACACGCAAUACAGAAUAUGGUUAAAGGAUCUGAAAUCGGAGGGUCGAGAGGCUCGAAUAGAUUAUGUCGGAGCAUGCGCAUUAAUGGUACGGGCAGAUGCAGUCAGAAAGGGUCUCAAGUUCACAGAAGGACCUUACCACCCGCAGUAUUUGAAAUCUGGUAAUCCGGAAGCAAAGAUUGAAGUUCAAUUAAAUAUAGAAACUGAAGGUCUAGCAAAAAUGGCAAGAGAGAUGGAUUUAGAUGUUUUUGGACUACCCUUUUUAGAAGUAUAUCAUAUUUGAAGUGUUGGUCUUUUCACUUAUCUAGAAAAAGCUUUCAUGUGUAAAAUAUUCAAAUAUAUUUGAACAGUUUCAUUCAAUUUCUUAUCGUUGUGCAUCAAGUAAAGUGCUUCGAAUUCGGCUAAUUCAAAGUGAAAUGUUUAGAUUUUACCACUUUUGGUAACUAAAUUGCAAAUGCGGUAUUUAUUUGUAAGUGGUAAAUAAAUUUG